AAAGAAGCAAAACUCCUUGCUGAGGGUGUCAGCAUUGAGAGAAGGGUUGGAGCAGUGAGUGAGGGCGAGCUUUAAGGUGUGAAAGUGCCAGGGAUCCCUGCGGGAUGGAGGACGGCCCAGACCUCGGCAGCUGAGCGCCCGGCGCGUGAAGCAGGCGGGGAAGAAAGCUGGCAAGAAAAGGAGACAAACAGCCCGCUGCUGGGACAAGGGAGGGCUGCCAAAAACCCAGCGGGGCCAGGCCCAAGGAGCCCAACCGGGGCCAGCAGAACGGGGUGGGACACGGGCAGGCGGUGGGACACGGUUGGGAUGAGGGCAGGCAGCACGCGAGGCCAUGGGGGCCGGGCAGGCUGGGGGGGCCUGUGCAGGGGGGAGGACGGUGGGGCACGGAGCUGGACCCCAGCCACCCGCAGGCCCCCUGCCAGCAGCGGAGUUGAGCUCAAGGCAUGGGACACCCCACGGCCGAGGUGACACGGGAAGGGGAUCCCUCUUUCUCCAGGGUCACCAGCCCCGAGGUUGAUGGUCCUCCGGUCAGCAGCAUCCCCGGGGAGAAGAUGGCUCAGCCUGCGCCCCUGAACCAGAACCUCCCAGAUCUCGGGGGCCCGUUCUUGUACCGGGACCAGGACGAUGGGGAGAAGAGCUCAUAUUCAGUGGAAACCCCCUAUGGCUUCCUCCUGGACCUGGAUUUCCUGAAAUAUGUUGAUGACAUCGAAAGCGGCCAAACGCUCAAGAAAGUCCCGCUGCCUCGCAGGGCAAAAGGGGCCCGGCAGCCGCCCAGUGCCCUGCGCAGCCCCAGCAGCCAUACCAGCGCCUGGACCUCCACCGAGUCCCUCGCCUCCACGGCCAGUGAGGAGGGCAGGACCGCGCUGCUGCUGUCCCCGCACGGCCGGGCACCCCUGGAGCCCCCGAACAAGCCAACCUCCCACCCCGUCUCGCCGCCGCCGCCGGUGCGGCUGCUCCCACCUCCCACCCGCAAGUGCCUGGUGCGAAACCCGCGGGUGGAGAAGACCUUGCUGGAGACGAGCAGGAGGUUGGAGCAGGAGCAGGGCCAUUUGCAGGGUAUUGGUGGUCCCUCCCACGGUGGCCCGCCAGGUGCCCCGAGUCAGCCACCCCCCUGGGUGCCGGUGGGCGCCGAGGGCCAGGCGGGCUGGGGACGGGCGAGCCCCGGCAGCUCGGGGCGCAGCACACCAGCGGCGGGGCUCAGCGCUGCCCCGCUGCAGCACGUGCGGGAGCAGAUGGCCGCGGCCCUGCGGCAGCUCCGGGACCUGGAGGAGCAGGUGAAAACCAUCCCCCUCCUGGAGACGCAGAUCUGCGAGCUGAAGAGGGAGAAGGCGAAGCUGAUGGAGAAGCUGUCGGCAGAGCCCGGUGAGGCUUUCGGUCACCCCUCCGGCUCCGAGGCAGCGGCGGGAGGCGAGGAGCCGCCCCGAGUGGGGCCGGAGAGCGAAGCAGAACCAGCAAAGGGGCGAGCGAGCAAGAUCGCCGAGCUGAGGAAGCUGACGGAGAAGCUGGCUGUGGCAGAGCGGGGCAGCAGGGCUUUGCCGGGCAGGAGCCCCAGGGCUGCCGAGAGGCCGUGCCGCUCCGUGGCGGUCGGCGAGGACCGGGCCAUGACUGAUGCCGUCUUCUACUACCGGUCGCAGCAGGAGGGCGGCGACGUGCCGGAUGGCGGGACGAGGGAGCGCAGGGAUGCGGCCGUCUGGGUGCUGGAGUCCUCACUGGGGCUGGCCAGCGAGGCGGAGCGGGAGCUGGAGCUGCUGCAGCAGACGGUGGGGCACCAGAAGGAGGUGAUCGCCCUGAUGGAGGGGCACCUGCGGGAGGCCACGCGGGAGCUGGAGGAGCUGCGGCUGGAGGUGUGCGCCCGCCGGCCCCACGGGCGGGCGGACAAGGAGGUGACAGCCAAGCCGCAGGUGGCCGAGGUGCUGGUGGAGGCGGCGGUGGUGACGCAGAGCCGGGCAGCCGGCGACCCCCCGGAGACGGCAGAAGCGGGCGUGGAGUGCUGCCCGCCGACCGCCUGCGUCGGGGUGGGCUGCCGCCCCGACGGGCGGGACGUGGCAGUCGGCCCCGAUUCGGCCGCCAGGUGCAACGACAAGGGCAGCCAGACCGAGGUGGGCAGCGCUGGCCCGGCAGGCGAGGAGACAGAGCCCGGCGCGGGCGAUGCCCCAAGCAGCCCCUCGGCACAGGGUGCGGGAGCAAUGGGGGGGUCGUGCCAGGGCAGCCCAGCCCCCAGGGCAGCCACGCCAGAGACGACGCACCGCGGCCAGGACCCGUCCCUGGUGCGGGAUGGUGGAGCUGCCCCGAGCCCUGCGGCCGGAGCCCUGAAGUCCAUCAUGAAGAAGCGGGACGGUCCCCCCCGGAGUGAGGCCGAGGGCAGCAAGAAGAGCCUGCAGUUUGUGGGCGUGCUGAACGGGGAGUACGAGAGCACGUCCAGCGAGGAGGAGGAGGAGGAGGAAGGAGACAGCUCCUCCGAGAAGGCUUCGGCCGACAGCUCCGAUAGCGAGGAGCAGGGGGACACCGACACCUCGGACGAAGAGGUCGGGGAAGGCGAGAGCGAGCCAGGACGGGAACGUGAGGGGGACGGUGUGACCCUGCCAGAACCCCCUGAGGUGAAAGAGAAGUUCGAGCUGAGCCCCAGGAUGCGGGAGGCCUGCCUCAUCGUCAAGACCCACCUGGGCCACCCCGGGGCCACCAAGAGCAAAGAGGUGCUCGCCAGCAGCAGCCUGGUCCUGCAGGAGUGGUUCCGUCUGUCCAGCCAGAAGUCGUCCGUCCCCGACACGGUCGCCAACCACCUCCUGGCCUUCGCCGAGGUCUCGCCGGCUCUCCUGGCCCACGUGGUGAACCUGGCAGACGGGAACGGCAACACGGCCCUGCACUACAGUGUCUCCCACUCCAACUUCCACAUCGUGCGGCUGCUGCUGGACACGGGGGUCUGUAAUGUGGACCACCAGAACAAAGCCGGCUACACAGCUCUCAUGCUGGCAGCGCUGGCGGCUGUUGAGCAGGAAGACGACAUGAACGUGGUCAGGAGGCUCUUCAGCAUGGGCAAUGUCAAUGCCAAGGCCAGCCAGGCUGGCCAGACGGCGCUGAUGCUGGCCGUCAGCCACGGCCGGCAGGAGAUGGUGGAAGCCCUGCUCGCCUGCGGAGCCGACGUGAACCUGCAGGACGAGGAGGGCUCGACUGCGCUGAUGUGCGCCUGCGAGCACGGCCGCGUGGAAACGGUGAAGCUGCUGCUGGCUCAGCCCAGCUGCAACGUCUCCAUCGUGGACAGCGACGGUAACAACGCUGUCGCCAUCGCACUGGAGGCCGGCCACAGCAACAUCGCCGUGCUCCUCUAUGCCCACCUCAACGGCACGAAGGCGCAGCUGCCCCAGGGAACGUCACCGACGGCCACCAAGGGCCCUGGGAGCCCAAAGAAACCAAAUUAAAGUGACUUUUGGAUCCAGCUAGGGGCCAGCUGUGUGACACCAUCACCACUAGGCUGGGAUUUAUGUCCCCUCUCCUGCCACUCCUUUGUGUGCUGAAUCACUCUGUGGCUGCAGAUGCUUUAACCCUCCUGGCACUAGAGCAGGCGGCGUCCCCGGGCCUCACUCGCCGUCUCUGCUGCUGGAAGCACAGCCACCUUGCUCCCCCACAAGUGACAGAAGAGCCAAGCAUCGAGUGACCUUGGGGUGGGAAACGCAGCGUGUGGAAGCAGGCCCCAUCCCCUCUGCUCCCCCCCACAACCUGGGAGCCCUCCGCAAGUCACCGACUCACUGGAACAGCAGAAAACAAACGCAGCCCCUGGUUUCUGCUCUGAGCAGGGCUGCGGGAGAGCGGGCAGCAGCUCCUGGACCCCACUGUGCGGUGCCGGCAGGGAAACGGUGCUCAGCGAUGGGAGAGGGGACACAAACCAGCUGGUUAACGCUGCCUCAGGCUGGGAGCACUUCCAGACUGAAGUACUUGCCCUUCUUUUGUGGCAUUUCCUUUCCUGGCUGAAAUCCGAAUCGUUUCUAGCACAUGCACACAAAGCAAAAAAAAAAAAAUUAUAUUGCUUAUUCAAAGGAUGGAGUUCAACGCAAAAUCACUUGGUAAUUUGAUUUGCUAAAUGGGAACAAAACUUCUGGGCGCUUGGGGCAGCAGCCGAGCUGACAGAAGGGGGUCAAGACCCAUGAACACGUUUAAGGACUAAGACUGCCCCGCCGAUACCCCACAGGAGGAGCAGGGACCUUUUCCCAAGGGAAAGAUAGCACUCACUCCCUAAACUUUUCCCAUUUUAAACAGCCUCGCAGCCACUGACUGUGAAGGGAAGGAGAGCCCACACCCACAUCCCUCUCCGCCCGCUUUCCUUCCCAAAAGCGGGGAGAGCGGCUGAGGAUGGCUCCAAGGAAAAAGACCGGCAAGAAGAGCUGGGAGCGCGCUGGGGGCUGCAGAGAUGGACGUGUAUGUCGAAGGACGUGUGCGCAUCUGUGCGAGUGCGUGUGCAGCAGGCAGGGUGGGACAGACAGAGUAAGGACUAAGGACCAGGAGGAAGAAGAGGCUUUUGCAUGUGAAGCCGGCUCCGCUCUCUGAAUCCUUCACAAAGGUAUUGCGUGUCGCAGCCCCCACCUCUGCUCCUUGGCCCAGCCUCCCCCAGAAUCACUCCUGCCCACGCCAGCCUGGCCUGAGCCACCCUGUCAGCUGGGAAGCGCUCCCCAAGGAACCUCUUCUGGGCAAGACGCUGCUGUCCUCGCAGCGUUUCAGCUUUGCACUGAAGUUAACAUACGAUGCUCACAGCCACUCUCUAGUACACUGCUCUGUAUGUAUUCUGUACUCACUGCUUUCGUUUCACAGGUUUGUUUACUGAUAUUUUAAUACUGAUGUUUAUUUUUAAGAUAUAAAUAAAAUUUUAAAGUAAAAUUAUUUUGAAAUA